AAGAUUUCAAAAUCCGCGAGGUCGUCGCUGUGUCCGUGCGCUACAAAACUGUCAACGCGCGUCGCGCGACGUCGGGGAGCUUCCGGGUGAGACCCCGGCGUCGAACAGCCGGCCGGAAGUGCUCGGGGAAAACCUCGUAUCUCCGCCCGUAACAAGGCCGGACCGCGUAGCCGCGCUGCUCCUCGCGCAAACAAGGCCAUUAAUUUUCAGACCGGAAAUUGGCGGGUCAAUAAUUUGCCGCCCGGGCCCGAUAGAUUUUCAUUUUCCGUCGCACAGGCGCGUCUUCGGCAACGAAUGCACGAUUGAUUCGGGCACCGGGACAAGCGCCGCGCUCGUCCGCUGGAACACCCGGACGCGCCCGUUGCUGCCAGUGUUUUUAGCCGCGGGCGAUCAUGACAGGAACAUACCGGAGAUCGAAAGCGCGUACGAAGAUGAGGAGCAGUUCGCCAGGGGCGACACAACCCCUGGUGAAGACAUCGUCGAUGAAGAGGACGACGGUCAAGGCGGAGGUGGCACGAAUAACUUUCCCUUGAGAAUGGCGUCCGACACAACGAGGGGUCGAAUCACCGCCGUCGCCGGCGGCUUCCUGCGGGGCACCGGCGGGCAGCACGUGAACUUCGACCCCGAGGCACCUCCACUGACGCCGACACACGUCGUACAGACAACCUGUCUGCUCGAACGGCCGGAAAUUGAUAAGAAAGUCAAGAGGCACAGCAUACACGGCAUGAUGGAGGAAGAAAACGUCGUGAGACCUCAUCAGGAAAUGGCCAGCCUGUCGCUGCAGGAGAAGAAGUAUCUUCUCGCCGUCGAGCGCGGAGACGUGGCUUCCGUUAGAAGAAUGCUCCAAAAAGCCCACGAGGCCGACAUUAACAUUAACUGCGUGGAUCCUCUCGGACGAUCGGCCCUCCUCAUGGCGAUCGAUAAUGAAAAUCUAGAGAUGGUGGAGCUUUUAAUAGAGCACAAGGUCGAUACCAAGGAUGCACUGCUCCACGCUAUCUCCGAGGAAUUCGUCGAGGCAGUGGAGGUCCUACUAGAGCACGAGGAGACCCUUCACAGAAAUGGCGAGCCACAUAGCUGGGAGGCUCUGCCUCCCGAUACAGCCACGUUCACGCCCGACAUCACGCCGUUGAUCCUGUCGGCUCACAGGGACAACUACGAAAUCAUAAAGAUUCUCCUGGAUCGUGGAUCCACUCUGCCGAUGCCACACGACGUUCGCUGUGGAUGCGACGAAUGCGUGACAUCGAGGAUGGAAGAUUCCCUGAGGCAUUCGAGGAGCCGAAUAAACGCCUACCGGGCGUUGGCGUCGCCGUCCUUGAUAGCACUGUCGUCUAAGGAUCCCAUCCUGACUGCCUUUGAGCUCUCCUGGGAACUUCGACGACUCUCGUUCUUGGAGCACGAAUUCAAGUGCGAGUAUCAGGAGCUCCGAAGACAGUGCCAAGAUUUCGCGACCGCACUGCUGGACCACACCAGAAGUUCCUACGAGCUCGAAGUCCUGCUGAAUCACGACCCUACGGGACCAGCUUUCGAGCACGGCGAGCGGAUGCACCUUAACCGCUUAAAAUUGGCCGUUAAGCUGAGACAAAAGAAGUUCGUGGCGCAUCCUAACGUGCAGCAGCUACUGGCAUCGAUUUGGUACGAGGGUCUGCCAGGGUUCCGAAGGAAGAACAUGUUCCUCCAGGCGCUGGAGAUCAUCAGGAUCGGCGUCCUUUUCCCGGUCUUUAGUGUAGCGUAUAUCAUCGCACCUCACAGUAUGGUCGGCCAAACUAUGAGGAAACCAUUUAUCAAGUUCAUCUGUCAUUCCGCGUCGUAUUUCACUUUUCUAUUCAUGUUAAUUCUGGCUAGUCAGCGGAUAGAGAGCGUGAUCGGUAAUUGGAUGGGGCACGAUGUCGUGGAGCACGAACCGGAGCAUGAGCCGACGAAAAGAGGUGCCGCGCCAACGAUCGUCGAAUGGUUUAUAUUGGCCUGGGUGUCGGGGCUGAUCUGGUCGGAGGUGAAACAAUUGUGGGACGUGGGCCUGGAGGAGUACGUGAACGAUAUGUGGAACGUGAUCGACUUCGUAACGAACUCGCUGUACGUAGCCACGGUGGCGCUCAGGGUCGUAGUUUACUACAGGGUGCAAAAGGAGAACGAGGCGCCGGGAUCGGUGAUGCUGCCGCGUGAGGAGUGGGACACUUGGGACCCGAUGCUCAUCUCCGAGGGCCUCUUCUCCGCCGCCAACAUCUUCAGUUCGCUAAAGCUCGUCUACAUAUUCUCUGUGAAUCCUCAUCUCGGUCCGCUGCAAGUUUCCCUGUCGAGGAUGGUCAUGGACAUUAUGAAGUUCUUGUUCCUCUACAUGCUGGUACUCUUCGCCUUCUCGUGCGGUCUCAAUCAACUUCUCUGGUAUUACGCCGACAUGGAGAAAAAACAAUGUCCAUCAGCGAUGUCGCAUUCGCUUAACGUCAGCUCCACCAAUGCUGACCCCAACGCGUGCACCGUUUGGCGCCGAUUCGCUAAUCUGUUCGAGACGAUACAAACGCUCUUCUGGGCGGUUUUCGGCUUGGUGGACCUCGACAGCUUCGAACUGGACGGCAUCAAGGUGUUCACCAGGUUUUGGGGCAUGCUGAUGUUCGGCACUUAUUCAGUCAUCAACAUCGUCGUCCUCCUGAAUCUCCUGAUCGCCAUGAUGAAUCAUUCCUAUCAACUAAUCUCGGAACGCGCCGACGUCGAGUGGAAGUUCGCGAGAAGCAAACUCUGGAUCAGCUAUUUCGAGGAGGGUGGUACCGCACCGCCGCCGUUUAACAUCAUACCGACCCCGAAGAGCGCUUGGUACGUCGUGCAAUGGGUAUAUCGGAAGCUCUGUGGACACAGCAGGGCGGCCAAGAAGGAACAUAUGCGAACAAUCAGGCGAAAGGUCAAGCAGGCUUCCGAGCGGGACUUCAGGUAUCAGAGUAUCAUGAGAAAUUUGGUAAGACGAUACGUCACCGUCGAGCAACGCAAGGCGGAAGGCGAGGGCGUCACGGAAGACGACGUCAACGAGAUCAAACAAGACAUCAGUGCAUUUCGUUGCGAGCUUAUCGAGAUACUGAAGAAUUCCGGCAUGAAUACCUCCACCGCGGCGAGCAGCGGCACAGACGGUAGCCUUAAAGAGCUGUCCGUAGGUGCGGGUGGCAAGAAAAACCGCCAGAAAGAGCGGCGGUUAAUGAAGGGUUUCAACAUCGGGCCGCAGCCGGGCGGAAGCGGCACCCUGCCGCCCGUCGCCGAGUUCAUCGCGUCCCUUCAGCAAGCGCAGCAUGAGAACUCCCAUCACGAGUUAUUCGGCUCGACUCUGAGCGGCAUAUUCGGGCCGGGCACGACCUCGAAGAAGAGCCCACAUCAUACAAGUACUAAUAGCGUGCCCGGGCUGGCCACCGGCCCGCGACAAAGCCACGGCACCAGAAGCAACUCCCGUAAGAAGCGCUGGGGCACUCUGAUCGAGGCUGCAAAGGCCGGAAGGGUCUCCAGAUUGAUCGGUAGAUCGCGUUCGGAGGACUCGGUGUACUCGCCGGCGUCCGAGGAAGGUGGCUCGCGAUCCGAGGGCUCCUCGGACUCCAAGUCCUCCUUGGAGGGAGCCGGUAUACACGAUGUACAAAGCACGCAGCAUCCCCAUCAGUCUCAGUCUCAUCACGCGCAGCAUCACGAGGCGCAUCACAUGUUCACCCACGGCCUGGGCCCGGCUCUGGCCGCCCUGAGGAGGAAGCGCAAAAAGUUCUCCGCGUCGAGGUUGUCCACGCCCGCGAUGACCAGCAGCACUAACACGAAUCCCGCAGACUCGAGCACGACGUCCUCGGUCGCCACUGUCCUCGCGGCCAGAAUCUCCUCGAAGAAGCAGCUGCAACGCGCCAGCAGCGUGCCCACCCGGGGUCCCGAAUUAACGCCGCAGUCGUCGAUAACGGUGUCGCGACGGCACGAGGUCACGCAGAGCCAGCAGCCCAGCUUCGACGUCGUCGAGAUCGCCAACGAGCGUGCGAACGCGCAGCAAGGUAUCGUCCCACUGACACCGUCGACAACCGAGGAGAGCGUGGUGGCGAGCGGCUCGACGUCGAUCACGGCGAAGCGAAACGGAUCGGCGACGCAGCUGCAACGUCUUCCCGGCAUCGAGCCGAUUUCCGGCCACGACGUGUCCACCGGCUGGCUCUGAGGAAACGGAAGUGUCGCCGACGGGCGGCGGCCGACCAGCUGACACAGGAAGCAUCAGUCGGAAUUCAGCUUCGAGCUUCGUUUACAACGGCCAUGAGGCUAGAACGACGUCGGCGACGAUUGUGCACGCGUGCACGCGCCACGACCGUCCUGACGCCGGCAGACGCACAAUGAUGCCUUUCUCGCGACGCGACGCGCCAUGCCGAUUAAACAUAAGAGCGACGUCGAUCGGGAAUCUCGAAGGAACCCAAUCUCUCAUCAAAAUCUUUUAUCCUCUUCCCCUCAUCCCAACCCUUUUACCGCGGACGCUUCCCUCAAUAAGAAAACGGCUCAAAAUUGCACUUAGAAAUUAUUCGUAUGUUAUAUUUGUUAUUUAUAUUUUAUAAAUAUUUAUUUUUAUAUUUUAUACAGACGAAGGAGAGAGUUUCCACGAUUAUUUUGGUAAGUUUACUUAUCUUUCUCAGUUUAAACUUUUCUCCGACAACAGCUGCAUAUAAAUUGUGUCUCGCGCCCUUCUUUUUGGUAUAACAUUCUAUUUUUUACACAUUUUUUAAAUUAGCAAGAAUGACGAAAUAUCAUAUAUAUAUAUGAUUAAUCGCGGAAUAUCUUCGCAUGGCGAAGUCUUUGAGCGACGAUCGACGGUAGAUUGUACUGAAAAUUACUUGUAUUACUACUACUGCCAGAACGGAAGUGGCAUGUGUGAGUCGGCGGCAAAUAGCCUAGUCAACACUAGUCAGCCAGAUCUCGUAACAAGAGAGUGAAAAAGAAACGGCUAUUAUUAUAUUAUUAAGUUAAAUGUUGAGGGAGACGAGACGAAUAUUGCUUUACCUCAAAUAUUAUAGACGUCGUAUCUUCAGAGAGCUGGUCUACUGAAGAACGAAACUCGAUAGCCUCCUAAGCGAUCGUUUCUUCGGCGAUUUAUUUCUUCCAUAUACUUAUCCAACUCUAGUCACAAACUCUAAUCGAUAAUCAAUCAUUGACAACGGACGAGUUUUAUUAUUUUUUUAUUCUACAAUAAUUUAGAGCGGCCACAAACGCACAGGUGCUGAGAGAAUCAAUUAUAUAAUAACUCUGCCGUAAGACACGCACGGUGGAUUGACGCGAAAGAGAAAUCCUUAAAGUCCCCCCGCAUUUCCGCAACAAUUCCGAUAUAGAAUUAAUCGCUCGUUAAUCGCAAGCUCGUGACUGCUGACGAGUCGUCUUUUAACGAUCCAACGCGUAACUCUCUGCCUGUAUUUAGACUAACGAACGGCUAAAAUCUUUCGUUAACGCCGAGUCAAGUCGGCGAGAGACGCCGAAUUGAUUUUCGCGAGAAGAGCAGGAACAAUGUGGCACGACCAAAGAACACGCCGGUAGUACGUAGUCGAGUAGUGGCCUAAGGGAACGAGAAUCCUAGAUAUUAUGUACUACUUCCUAGAUAUUACGUGUAUGUACGUUAAUAACAAUUAUUACUAUCGUUAAUGUUAUACGAAUCGCGUGAUCAGCACCACAGGUAAGUUCCUGAGGAGCAAGUCGCCCUGGGGGCACUGUCCAAUUGCUCGCUCGCUUCGUCCCCCUUAUUCAUGGAUCUUCCCGUGGUCUCGGUAAAAAGAAAACAGCCGUAAAAGAGAUAUAUAGUCAUCAUCGGAGCACUAUAUAUUUACCAAGCGGAUCGAACCGCCGAAGUAAUACUUCUUUAAAUAAAAUACGAUCUAACGGGGCGAUUUCGGAGCGAAGGUAAUGCCAUUUUUAAUAGGAGUUAUUUGUCCGAUGAAUUGAAGAAAUUAUAUAAUGUUGCAUUAUGAAUGAAAAGUCUAUCGUUUCACAGUUGAUACUAUAUAAAGAGCUAGUGUACGAUCUUUAAAGGAAGGAUAUAAUAUGGUUUCGCGCUCUUGGUAGAUGUAUAGUGAUUUAUUAAUCGUUAUAUCACCUACGUGUAUUAUUUAUAUGAGAUUAUUAAUGUAACUAUGCGAAGCUAGAUUCUCCCGGUUGGUGCUAAGUAGGGAGAGUUUCGUUGUGGGUGGAAAGGUAGCAGGCACCGCAAACGAAAUGUAAGGGGACGAGCCCGGGAUUAUUUGAGAUGAAGCGACACUCCUACGAAUCCGAACGAAUUUUCUCACAGAUUACGGACGUAUGAAAGCGGCGGAAUAUUUCUCUUGGCGCACACGUGUAUGCGAUUUCGUUGACGAAAACGUACGCGCCACGAAGGAUAAUGGGAAAUCGUAGCGGUGUCGGGAAUCAUCUCGCAGUUGCGUGAAUUUGGACGUUUUCCAGAGACAGCUGAUUGCAAUUCGGGGUUCGUCGUGAAUUACAGGUGCACGAAUUUCUGCGUGGGAACAACAAGCGUUUUUACACCUGCGGCAUCGCUCGAGCAAUCGAACGUUGAUCGAGGUUCGAAAAACGAGAGAGUGGCGAGAGGCGAGAAUCAAUUGGAUAUCUAACUUGGAAUUAAUUUCAAGCGCGUUUCCUAUACUUGUGACAUAACAUUAGCAAAUUGUGUCAAACGCAAAAAAAAAAGACUUCUUCAUUCUUUCCACUCUGUAGUAUCAGAAAUUUACCACUAUGGUCGACCGUCUCGUUUGAUAGAUGCGAGAUAUCAAUUUGCAAACGAUGGAAUUCGGAUGCAUCAAUUUGAAUGGAUAGAUUGCGAAAAACAAAUGUUUUAUCCGAUAUAAAGCGAUUACAUCGACUCCGCGUUUUAUAGUAUCGAUUGAAAUUCGAUGGGAAUUAGAGCACGCAAACGAAAUGACCAUUAAUAAAACAUCAUUUAUUCUGAUAAUCCGUUUAUUUCGUAUCCAGCAUUUUGUAGGAAAGAUCGAACACAUCACAGCGUUUAUAACGCGAUUAAUUUAAGGGGAGGCUAACAUUGGCAAUAGAGGACCGACGGUAAUGUACAUUGGUAGUCUAUAAAUGCAUCGAUUAAUAUUAAUUUGAAUGUUCAACGUGGAUCGCUUUGUGAGGUGUAACGUGUAAAGUUUGUUAAAAUAUUUCAUUUCCAUCACACGGUAACCCAAAGUGUUUUCAACAAUCGAAUCUUUUAAAUCGAAUUAUUGUUUUCGUCGCCGUUAGCGCUUUUCGGCGUGGAAGAAAGAAAUCGCGGGCGGAAAGGUAUAUAAGAAAUAAUCAAAUUGCACACGGGACACAAUAAUCCACGUUAUGCAUUCGUGUACAUGGCUUAGGUCUCGUACGUUCUAAGAUUAAAACUUUACAGAGAUUUACCUCUUUGCAGAUGUAAUUAAACUAUCUUUUUUUGACA